AAAAACAUUUCAUCCGUCAUUAAUCCGUCAUCUUGUCCAAAAAGGUUGUCAACCGUGGUAUUUUCAUGUGAGGCAAACGUUUUUCCAACCAAAAUCUAGAGUUAACAUCUUUAUCCAGGAGAAUAUUACAGAAAAGAUAAUGCCUUAUCAAGCAGAAAGACCCAUGGAGGGAAAAGAGGUUAUGAAAGGAGUACUACAAAAUUUCAUGUAUUAUUUACAUAAUCAACAAUAUAAACAAAAAGAAAAACCUAAGGUGAAAACUGCCGAUCAACCACUGACAAUAAAAUCAUCCACUCUGUCCUCAUCCAGCACUGUUUCGUCUUAUAUCAAUUAUCGAAAACAAGUGGACAACAACUUGACUGAAAUCAACACCAACAUCAGUCAAAUGAUAAUCGAUACAUUCAAAGGAAUCGACAGCAUUUGUUCCAAAGUUAGGGAAUGUGUGUCCGAUUUCAAUUCUUCAAGAUUUAAAAACGACAUUGAAAAAGAGAAGAUUAAUGACCAAACCGAUCAGUACACCGAAGACGACGAAGAAGUUAUUACCGAAAAUGUUUUAGAAAGUAUUCACGAGGAAUUGGAAAUUGGCACAAAAGAGCCUAUCGAAUCUACGAACUCAGAACCAGCUACCCCUUCAGAUUCCGGUUCGGCGUAUGUAAUAGAGAGUUUGGCAUUCAUUACCUCAAACGAGACAAUGAAAGAGCAAGAACCUGAUAUUUUGAAGACGAAGAGCUCUGCAAAAGAGGAACCAAAAAGUUGUUUGCCGACAUUUAUUACUGUUGUUGGGGAUGGUAAUGUAAAAACAGAUAAAGCACCGAUUCCAACACCGCAAUCUACAAGUAAUAAACUAAAAAGAAAAUCACGAAAGAAUACUAAAAGAAAAACGCUAAUGGACAACCUAAAAGAUGCUCUAAAACUAGACGUCGACAACACGGACCUGAAUUCUUUGCAAACGUUAAUAGAGAACGUGACGCAAGAAAUAGAUAUUUUGUGCACUCAAUCGGUAGAGAAAUCGAAAAAAGUGGAAAGCGGUAACGAAAAAAAUGCUAUCAAAAAUCAAGAAGAAGACGCGAUAUCACCUUCGACGGAAGCAAAACCAAAAUCUCCGUUACAGAUUCCCGAAGUGUACCAUCGACCUGGCGUUACUAAUCUUCAUAAGAGACUUCUCAAUCAGCUGGAAGCCAACGACAGUUUCGCUGCCUUUCAAAAGUUAAUGCGCAAGAACAAAGACCGCAAAGAUUCUAGUUGUAGAUGUCCCGUUUCUCGCAUCAACUUACCUAUUUUGUCCAAUACCUCGUCACUUUCGUCACAGAAAACCAGAUGUAAUACAAAAAUUGCGAGCAAAAGUUCUAUAAAAAGUAUGGGCAAACGAAUAAAAGAAGAUGAGAGUAAUAAAAGGAAACACAAAGUUAAAUAUGCCGACAGUUUGUGGUUUAACGAAAAGAAGAUGCACAAAGGCGAACGAGGGCAAAAGAAAAGCGGACAUCAGACAAAAGACAAGCAUAAAAUUGGUCCACCGGCAUCUCGUCCAACGUCGAGGAAUAAACCUACUAGAAAAUCAGCCACGAGUGUUCUUCAAAAAGCUCCGAAGUCUCAGACAGUUUGUGGUUGUUCAGUGACUGUUUCAAAUGAGAGACCGGUUCCUAACCAUAACAGAAUGCAUCUGCACAUCCCCAGAGGUAACAAUCGUCACAGAAAACUGACACAUGUAGAUAUUUUGGAUGAUCUGACAACUAAAGAUUUGCUGCCCCUCCACCCGGAGUACCCGAGAAGAGAUCAUUUAUACGUAAACGAUGUAGAUACUUUUAAAGAUAUCCACGAUUCCUAUUUGUACAAAAUCAUGUACGGUUCCAAAGAUAAAAAUGUCAUUAACAGUGUUUGGAACCAACUAUUGCACCCUACCAUAGAGUGCGACGAAUGGGACAAGAGUAAGGGUAAGCACGCCAAGGAUCACGAAAAACUGACGAAGAAGAUGAAGGUGUCGAAUGAACAAAGCAGGCCUACCUCGAAUGAUAAGUCAACUAGUGUAAAAGCCAGGAGGAAAAAAGCAAUCCAGGCUCUAGCUCCGUAUCUCUUCGACCCCCAAUCGGACCAAAGAAAAAUGGCACAACCUCUAAUAGUAAUGCAAGUUCACGUAUUUUACAACAAAGAUCAGAACAUAACGAUGGAGUAUUCUGGAAAUAUAAACUAUAACCGCAAAUUUACACCAGUUCAAAGACCUGCACCGACAGUAACUCUGCCGUUGACACCGAUGAAGGAGGUACAAGUCAGCAGGGGCAAGUGGACGAGCGCAGGAGGCAAAAGACAACCAGGUAAACCAAAAUCUCCACCAUCAUUUUACAUGCAACCCAUAUUUAACAAAACUGUAGCAACUAGACAUAGUGCUCGAACAACUCGCAAAGAAAAAAUGGAAUGGUCGAGGAAGUAUGAUUAUCUUCCAAGGAACGAAAGUGACCCAAACGAUUCAAAAGCAUUAAAAGAGUGUCCACAUCCCUCACCCAUCGCGAAUACAAAAAUUAACCAUCAUAUGGACAAGUUCGUGCGAAAUCCACUUCACAAAAGUCCGUCGCACGCAAAGAAUUUUGUUUAUUCAGUUUGUAAAACGAAUAAUACGCAAAAUAACAUGGAAUUCCAACUAAAAAUGGGCAACAGAAGCGAAAAAAAUAUAAGCCAACAGUUGCUAACAUCUAGUCCAAAACAAUCAAAUAAUCCCGACGGAAAAGAGCCAGCAUUCGAGAACUAUUUGAAUGUAACACCAACGAAAACGAAACAUUCGAGCGCGAAGAAAAAUGUUAAGGUAUCGAGAAGUUUAACAGAAAAACCCAAUUCCCCAAAUGGUUCAUCUACCGUUGCCCGACACAAAAACAUGUUAGUGAAUCUCAAAGGCCUCAAACAAAAAAAUGACCAGAUCCAAAAUAACAUCCAAAAAGCAAUCGACGUGGUCGAAUCCAAAAUGGUGGACAUGUUUUCGACUCCCGGUAUCUAUACGAACGCGAAAGCCUUAGACGAGAUGCAGAAAGAGAUUUCUAGUGUGCUGAAUUCGAUGAAAUUCACGGAUGGGAGGAAGUAUAGGAGGGUGGUGCAGUUGAGUCCCGUAAGGGAACAAAGUCCAGAAUCGCAGGGAUCUAAAAGGGUGUUCUUUGAUCCUCCAGAAAGAGAAAAACCGCCAGGGGAUUCGAUACAAGAACAACCGUUACAGAUAUUAAACACAAAACCAGAUUCGGUUAUGUCGAAACAUGAAAGUUUCGUUAACGAAUUUAAUGCUAUAUCUAGCGACGUCUUUAAGAAGCUCGAGAAAAUAUUAGAAUCUGAUAUACUAAACGAAACCUCUAGGUGUGACAUGGAUAUUACUAGGAAACGUAAAAAUAGUUCUAAAAGACGUGCAGAUAGUUUACAAUCAGCAUCGGACAACACAUUAUCUUCAGAUGAUAAUUAUCACAGAAAUCCUAAAAAAUACCGCCCCAAAGAGGAUAUAAAGAUUCCUAUGUCCAAAACUGUUUCUUCGCCAGUAACAAUUCCUUCGAAGGAACGCUGUACACCAGGAGUUUUGAAAAGAACCGAGAAAAAUCAAAUGCCUGUUUGCUAUUUCAAUAUUUCGAGUAGUCCACAUUUAUUAGAAAAACGAAAAGAAUCUCGUACAUGUCUCGCAAGUGAUCCGCACUUGCUUAAAAGUAAAAGUAGUUGCAUGCAUAUUAAAAGGUUUGAAAAUAAAAGCCAACUGCCAGAAAUAUCUGUAAUCGAAACCGAGGCGAAUGAGCAACACUCACAAGAGAGUUUGGAAGAAAAAUUAUCAUCUGUUGCGAAAGAUAAAGAACAAGAUAAAGACGAAGAACAUCCAAUGGAUACGGUUCAAAAUAAACCAUUAGAAACCAUUGUUUUAGACCAGAAAUUACCUGAUGCUGAAAAUAACUUGACAGCUGAAGAAAAAAACACGACAGAACAGAAACCAACUGAAGAAAAUAACGCAGGACUAGCAGAAAAGAAAGACGUUUAUGAUUAUUUGGAAGAUCAAGUUAAUAAAAUCAUUUGUCGAGUUGAAGAUAUUUACAACCAACUGGAUGAUAUGCAAUCUCCGACUGAAGAAACUACAUCCACAGCGAUACCAAUAUUUAGAGAAGAAUCUCCAAGAGCCGACCCAAUUCCAAGUGAAGAGUUCCUUACGCCCUUCAUGCAAGCUGUUAAAAACUCCAGAUCCAAAACCAAAACAACAGAUUCACUACCUGCACCGAAUUUGGAACGAAGGCCUUCAUAUUACAACGUUUUAUCUUUCUUAAAUACAUUGAGUGAUAUUCAAGUUGAUAAGGCUGUUGAGGUACACAAAGCCAUUCUGGUUAACUACGCCUAUAGUAUCAGCAUAGCUAGAAUUGUACAUAUUGUAAAUAUUGAAUAUUAUGCUUCUUUAAGUUAUAGUGCAAUGCAGAGUCACGGUAAAGAUGUAUUAGAGAAGCCUGGUUGCCUUAAAAAGUGUAAAAAGGAAAUGAGUAAAGUAAAACCAAAAAAAGUAUCGUUUUUGGUGAUGAAUCAAACAAGCAGUUUUCCGGUACCAAAAAUUAAUAUAGUGAAUAAUAACACUGAAGAAGUUUCACAUGAAGAACAAUUAAAUCACGGCGAUAACAUAACAAACUCUGAAAGUAACAAAAUUGCGGUCAUUUGUGAAAAGUCGAAAACAUCUGAUGCCAGCACAGAAUUAAGUACAGUUACAGACUCGAUAUCAGAAGAAGAGCUUCAAGUAACACAAUUGAGUCCGAAUGGAAAUAAAUCCACACAAAUUCAAGAGGUAGAAAAAAGUUCUUUGAGUGAUACCAUGGUAACUGCCACAGACGAAACAAGUGAAAACACUUCUGACUUAUCUUUUAUGUCUGUUGAAGCGAUGCCUGCCAUUAAAGUAUUUUAUAACGAACCUUACGACUUACCCAGCGUAUUUCCACGCAAUGUACACUUGGAAAAUUGUACGAAAAAUGAAACGAUACAAAAAAUAGUUAUUUUUAGAGAGGUAGGUGAUGUCAACAAGAUGCUCAAUUGUGCGACAGAUUUGCGAAAGUUGACGAAAAAAUCGUUAAUGCCAAGCAACCAAAUCGUACUUAAAAGAGGUGUUUCUACCGAUUGCAAUACUGUUUUAUUAAAAUCAUUUUAUGCCAUCGUUUAUCUGCUCGUAUUUACCGCCUUGAACAUGGAAUAUAAAUGUCAUUGACGAACAGCUGUAUUUUAUUUUAUUAUUGAAAUAAAAUUAGAUCUCAGUGU